UUGUUGACGCCAUAUUGCUGGUGCGGGGGUUACGGCCGGGAGCGCCAUCGCCGCCGCCAUCGCCGCCGCCCGGGCCCUGCCAUCGCCAUCGCCCCGCAUCGGCCGCCCCGCACCGCGCACCUGGGACCGGCACCGCGUCUCUCGGCACUGCUCCUGUCCCGCCACCGGCCGCGGGCGGAAUUUGUCCCGGCCGGGCAGGGCGGAGCGGGCGAGGAGAGCGGAGAUCCAGCUGGACUCAACCGGGGUUGCUGCUGCCGCUGCCGGGGCCGCUCCCUAGAGAGAGGCCGGCGGGGAGGCGGCGGAGGCGGCCCUGACGCAGCCGCCCCCUCCUUUCCCUUCCCUCCCCCCCAGCCCACUUCAGACAGCGGGGAAGACGCCUCUGGGCAGGGCCGGCUGCUGCUGUCUCCACCGCUGCCCCUCGCUCCGAGCCUCCUUGGCCGCUCCGCGCCAUGGCUUGCGGCGCCACUUUGAAAAGGACUCUGGAUUUCGACCCGCUGCUGAGCCCGGCGUCCCCGAAGCGAAGGCGAUGUGCGCCAUUGUCAGCCCCGGCCUCAGCCGCCUCCUCCUCCUUCGCCGCCGCUGCCUCCUCCCCGCAGAAAUACCUGCGCAUGGAGCCCUCGCCCUUCGGAGAGGUGUCGUCCCGGCUCACCACAGAACAAAUUCUGUACAACAUAAAACAGGAGUACAAACGCAUGCAGAAGAGAAGACAUUUAGAAAAUAGCUUCCAGCAGACAGAUCCUUGUUGUUCUACUGAUGCACAGCCACAUGCAUUUCUCCUCACUGGACCAGCUUUGCCAGCAUCAUCACCAUUGAAAAAAGAACAGCCCCUGUUUACUCUCAGACAAGUUGGAAUGAUCUGUGAACGUUUGCUGAAAGAACGUGAAGAGAAAAUCCGUGAAGAGUAUGAAGAAAUUUUGACCACAAAGCUUGCAGGUGAAGCUCAUCCCUGCAAGAGGAUGGGGACUUUAUUGGGGCAAACCUGUGGGACUAGGAACCACUACAAAUCUAGCUGCAUUUUUGGUUGAAGAUUGCCUUCUUUGACCUUGCCCUUUUCUCAGAACACCCCACUUUGCUGCACAUGUAUUUUUCCACAAGGGAGGAAGGGGAAUGGAGAGGAGCGGCAUCUGGUAGAUAUUACUCUCCUUGUUCAAUUUCCUAAUUCUGAAAGGUGAUAUCCUGCUGAUGAGUGCAGUAUUAAAACUGAAUAAAAAAUUGCAAAUGUUUUUGUAUGUAUGUGUGUAUAGGAGGAAUAACCUUACUGUGAAAUAAGAAACAACAGUGCUUAGUGCUUACUUCCAACAGUGCUUAGUUCAAAGCCAAGUAUGUUUGAUAUCAAAAUUUCAUUUCAGAUGACACAGUAACUGUUUUCAUGCAAUCCACAAUCAACUAUAUGUCUCCCAUAGUAGCUGCUUCUGUGAUUAGAAUGACUCAAAAGUUAGUCACUUAGCAUUUCAUCCUUUUGGUUUCUUGUUUGCUUUUGAUUUUCUGGCAGUCAGCAAAUACAAUUUCUAACUGUAUCAAAUCCCUUUUCUGUACUUUUGUGUUUUCAUUUCAUUAAAUUAAUUUUCUUACAUCUGGUAGUGGUAGGAGCAGACAAAUUAUGUUUCCAACCCUAGCACUGACCUUUAUGCCAUGUUUUAUACUCUGCCCCCAUUAUGGAUCUGUAAAAUGGACACACUUCUUCAAAGUACAGUGUGUGAUACUUAGCAGGUGUGAGGUAUAUUGAGGUCUUUGUUACAUGCAGCAUAAUUCUCUUUGAGUUUACUGCCAUCUUUCUCAUUUACAGAAGUUUGUAGGGGAGAGUCUUUUAAUUUAAGGGGACAUUACCUGAAUUGUUCUGGAGGAUAAAGAAAGAAAUGGCAGCUAUGAACUGUCUUAAGUUAUGUAAAACUACUGCUAGUUUGGUGUUUAACUUGUAUGAUUUCUGUGUAUAAAAAUUAGCCCUGAGUAUUUUUCUGUUAGAUUUAAACUUAAUACUCAUACUUGCAAUCUUUCA